AUGGAAUUGCAUUUUACUGAGAAUCUUCCACCUUAUGGCCAAGUUGCUGUCUACUUGUUAACUCAACAAGACCCAAACUAUCUUAGACUUGUACCUCUAAAAGCGAUCAACAGCGUCAAUUUAAAAGUUACUUCUGAAAAACCCAAAAUAUCUUUCUUUGGUGUUAACAUUUAUCGUUACUUAGCGCGUGUUUCAAAAUCCACAAGUCUGUAUGACGAAACAAACCCCUCAGAAAUAUUAAAUACCAUAAAACAAGAUGAAUUGUUAGAUUCAAUUGAUUCCACGUUACCAGGAACAGAUUUUUUCGCAUUAUUAAAACAAGAACUUGAGGAAAGCGCGGGGAAUUUUUUGGUGUACUCUGAAAAACCGGCUCUUGUUGACCUUGCGUUUUGGGGUGCAAUUAAAUCUCUAGAAAAAAAUGUGCAACAGACGCGAUUAAAUGAUUCGUCACUUGUUAGUACAUGGAUUCAAAAAAUUGAGGCAUACCCCGAGGUAAAACAAGCACUUGAUAUGGUCGAUGCUAGCGCUCAUAAUAAAUCUACAAAUAUGAUCCCUCAUGUCAAAGGAUCAGAUUGGGAACACAAUAAUUUGGACAUUUUUCGUAAUAUCGUGUCCCAUGAGAUUGCAAAGUUAUCUGAAAAGUCGCCGGAAGAGGUUUAUAAUUUGUUAGAGGCACCUAAAAUUCCAGAGCAUGGGGAUAUAGCAAUUGCUGUUCCAAGGUUACGAAUAAAGAGUAAUCCUGCUGAGGUUGCUCAGAGUUGGGUAGAGAAGUUUGUUCCGAAUGAAUAUAUUAUCUCUGCAUCAGCCAGCGGUCAUUAUAUCAAUUUUAAGAUAUCACGUCCUCUUUUAGCCAAAAUACUGCUUCGACAUAUAUACGAUACCAAAGAGAAAUACGGUAGUAAUAAUUCAGCUUCGGGGAAGACAGCACUGGUCGAAUUCAGUAGUCCAAAUAUUGCCAAACCGUUUCACGCAGGACAUUUGCGUAGCACCAUAAUUGGUAAUUUUGUGGGAAAUGUACUUGAUGCGAAUGGAUGGAAAACCAUCAGAAUGAAUUAUUUGGGUGAUUGGGGAAAACAAUAUGGUCUCUUGGCCAUUGGUUUUGAGAAAUAUGGAUCAGAAGAAGAAUUGUUAAAAGAUCCGAUAAAACAUCUUUACGAUGUUUAUGUCAAAAUAAACAAAGAUGCGGAGACAGAUAAAGGUGUAGAUGAUAAAGCUCGUUCUUAUUUUAAAAGCAUGGAAGACGGUGAUCAAACAGCGAUAGGAUUGUGGAAUAAAUUUCGAAACCUGAGUAUCGAAAAAUAUAAAGAAACCUACGCUCGUUUAAAUAUCAAUUUUGACGUAUACUCUGGAGAAUCUCAAAUUAGCAAUAAAAGUAUUUUAGAUGCGUCAGAAUUAUUAAGAGAGAAAAAUCUUGUACAAGAAUCCCAAGGCGCAAUUAUUGUCGACUUAAAACAAUACAAGUUGGAUGUGGCGGUUGUCCAAAAAACCGACGGGACUACGCUAUAUAUUACACGAGAUAUCGGUGCCGCCAUUGAAAGAUAUGAGAAGUACAAGUUUGAUGCCAUGUAUUAUAUCGUGGCUUCGCAACAAGAUCUUCAUCUAAAACAACUGUUUAAAAUUCUUGAACUGAUGGGAUAUGAUUGGGUUGAUCGUUGUAAACAUAUUAAUUUUGGCAUGGUUCAAGGAAUGAGCACUCGAAAAGGUACUGCCGUGUUUUUAGAUGAUAUUUUGGAACAGACUAAAGAGAGUAUGCACGAGGUAAUGAAGCAGAAUGAGAAAAAAUACGAACAAAUUGAGGAUCCGGAGACGGUGGCUGAUGUAAUUGGUAUUUCUGCUAUCAUGAUCCAAGACAUGUCUGCUAAGAGAAUUAGAAACUAUGCCUUCAAUUGGACUCGUAUGUUUUCAUUCGAAGGCGACACUGGUCCUUACAUCCAAUAUGCACAUGCUCGACUCUGCUCAAUACAACGUAACUGCGGUCUGCCAAUUAAUCCAGAUGCCAAAAUUGAAUUACUCUUUGAAAAGCAGGCCUUGGAGCUAAUUGACAUGAUUUCCCAAUACCCAGAUGUAGUAAAGAGUGCCCUACAUACACUUGAACCCUGUACAGUAGUGACAUAUGCCAUGAAAUUGAGUCAUAUUGUGUCAGCAGCAUUAGAAACUUUAUGGGUGAUGGGAGCAGAACGUGAAGUUGCGGAAGCUCGAUUAUUGAUGUAUUGGGCGUCUAGGAUAACCCUUGGUAAUUCACUAAAAUUGCUAGGAUUAAAACCUUUGGAAAGAAUGUAA